GAUCGGCACAGACGCACCGGAUGGACGGAGGCGAGCAGCGGACUGGACGUUCACGGAGCUCCAGAAAGUUACCGGUGUGGAUCAUAGAGCACGUCUGGGCUCACAAACUGAUGGAUAUACAAGAAGGUCUGUCAGGGGUCUACCUGCCCCCUCCCAUCAAACAUUUUCCAGACCCAGCCUUGUUCAAACUAUUUAAAAAUAAAGAUCAUUGUGGCACAGGCCAGCAGAGGUUGGGUUGUUCUCCUGGUAGAAGCAGUGGAAUUCGGUGAGUGACGCGUUGGCUUCGUGUUGUGUUGUCGCAGUUGUCGACCCCUCCAGCUGGCCGGAUGUGGACUCCCAGCCUCUGAGUCUGGAAGACUCCUGGAGGCUGCGUGUUGCCUCUGCUCAGGCGUUUUCCAUCGUGAAGAGCAGGGACAUGGGGAACUUUGAGAGAGUGCUGGACUUUCUAGAAUCCACUUACAGGCUUCUUCCCAGACUGGUGGCUGCCAUCAAACACAUGAAGAUCCUGUUUGGCCUUAAGACCAUGGUCAUUAUGUGGAUGCUGAAGGAGGGCAAAGGAAUGGUUCACACUGUGUGUAAAAUCGGAGAGUUCUUCCCAAACAAACUACCUCAGUACCAAUACCAUUGUAGCCAACGUGAAAUGUUCCUCAUGAGGAAGAACCAUGUGGACUUUAAGAGUUUUGCACAAACUCUCGCUGUAGACAAAAGCAAACUGGAAGAUUACAUGAAGAAUCAGAUGGAGGAGCAGUACGGGCAGCGAUACGCCCGCAAGGUGGAGGACAGGCUGCUGGACUACCUGCAGCAGCUGGAGACCGUGCUGCCUGCAGAUACCUACAUCGACAAGAUCAUGAAGAAACAAAGUCCUGCGACGCAGGAGGAGAAGUUGCUUCUGGAGGUCAUCACCUCGGACUCCACCACCAUCGUGGCAACGCUCAGGAAACUGCUGCACUGUGAUGUCGCUUCCUGCCGUCCAGCCGGGAUUUCUCAGCCUCCUGAAAGAGGAAAGCAAGGAGUGGAAAUCUCUCACCUCUCUAGCCCGUCUCUGGAUGGGAGCUCCUCUAACGGAAGCCCUCUGUUGCUGGGGAACCACGAUGCUGGAGACCCUCAGCAACCAGAGGAGGGUUGUGAGGCCAUAAAGAUGGAGGAAGACAAGGACAGCAGUGAAUGUGCCCCCUCUCCACAGUUCUGCUCCAGACACCAGCGAUGGGUGAAGAGCAUCCUGCGAGGGUGUCCAGAUGAUUGCUCUGAAGAGCUGCUGCAUCACGCUAACGUUUCUUCAUCUCCCCUGAUGUUCCAGUCAUCCUCAUCUACCUCUUCAUCCCAGGACCUCACCCCGUCCAACCUCAUCCCCUGUCACCCUGAUAAGCCUCCUUCACAGACCUCCACCCACCUUCAGACAGCAGUCCAAGCAUCCCAACCAGCAAACCCUGGAGACGAGCAGAGCUCAGGGCCUCAUGGAGCAGCAAGACUUGCCUCUGGAACAGAACAUCUGCCUCAGUCCUUGCUGUCCAGACUCCCCGUCCAGCCAUCCCUGCUGUUGCCGGUGGUUCGACUGGUUGACAUCGCCUCCUUCUGGAGGAGCUGCUCGGCCUCUAAGCACCACCAGAGCUCCACCAUGCUUCGCAGCAAACCAGCACCCUCCAGUUCCAGUCCACAGGCUUCCACUGGACCACGCUGCCGCACCUCAAACAUAGACUCUACGUUUGUUCCAGCAGAAACUCGACCGACUAUGCAAACAGCUCCUGAAUCUUCAUCUAGCAGCUGGCAAGCAGCAGCUCCACGUACUGUUUCCAAACUGUCACGAAGGUUCAGACGGGCCUGCACGACCCCCAGACAUUCGCAGGUUCUAACAGAGAAACCUUCAGCUGAGCAGCUUCUGAACGGCCCAGGUUCCUUCCCAGCGACUUGCCUCUAUGUCCCCCAGCCUCCUGCACAUGAUUCCUCUACCUCCUCUUCCCACGCAGAGAACUGGUCCUCAGCAUGUGAUGCUCCACCAGCUGAGUCUGCCAGACCUCCUUCUCAAACAUACACCAACCUUUUUCCAUGUAGUACCCGCCCACACUCCACCAUAAUCUCCGCCAUGUCUGCUGGCCGGCCGGCCUCGUCUGAGGUCCACAGAGUCCAGAGAGACGAGCGAAGUCGGGCUGCCCCUCUGCAGGCCCUGCAGGCCGGACUGCUUCAGCCCUAUGUGAGUCUUACCAGGCUGAGCACCGCGGAGCGUGUACGAGCGAGCACGUGGACGGCCUCAGCCAGGCGAGGGGAGGCGGAGCAAAGCUGCAGCCAAGAGGAAGAAAGGAAGGAGAUGGAAGGAAACACAGAUUCCUCCUUUGACGUGAACUCUCUUUAUUCCAGCGGCUCCUCCAGCAGUGAUGGCGAGGACUUCCCUCGUCGGGAUCCCGACUACAAACCUCACAUGAAAAGGAAAAGACUCAUCUUAGAGUACGAAAGCGCCCGAGUGCUGAAGUAGAUCGAAUCAAAGGAAACGGAGCGCAGCUUUUAAAAACACUGAUGAAUAAAACAAGCCAGAAAAAUGAUUUUAUCCUGAUGAUUCUGAUCCAGAAACAUGAGAAUUCUAUUGUUAGAAAUCAGUGGAAAUCUCUACCUUAUAGAUCUGUUAGAUAGAUCUGCCACGUAGAUCUGUUAGAU